AUGGCGAGCCAUCCGGAAUACAACGAAAAGACUACAGCAACCGAGGUUGCAAAUGCGUUUUCAGACAGAAUCCGCAACAAGAAUGUCGUUAUCACUGGAGUAGGACCAAACAGUCUUGGAGAGGCUCUAGCCGUCGCCAUAGCCGCCCAUUCACCCGCAAAGCUGUUCCUCGCAUCGCGAACAAAAGCCAAGCUAGACGAAGUCUUGAAAAAGAUUUCUCCAGCCUCUAAUGUGGAACUCGUCAUAUUGGAUUUGGCAUCGCAAAAAUCCGUCCGAGAAGCCGCAGCUCAAAUCCUGAAGAAUGUAGACCACAUCGAUAUCCUGAUCAACAACGCAGGCGUGAUGGUGCUCAAGCAAGAAUUUACCGCUGAAGGUAUCGAGCUCCAAUUCGGCACUAACCACAUCGGCCAUUUCCUAUUCACGAACCUUCUCUUGGAGAAGAUGGGCUCGUCGCAGGGUGCCGGGUCGACGAGAAUUGUCAAUGUCACAAGUGCGGGACAUCGACUGUCGCCGUUCCGAUUCCACGACUACAAUAUUGACGGAAAGCCAGUGCCGGAGGAAGAGCAACCUCCCGCAGUAAUGACUGCUGCGUAUGGCAAGGUUGAGGCUUAUAAUGGGUGGAUUGCAUAUGGACAAUCCAAGACCUCUAACAUAUUGUUUACGGUGGAUUUGAAUCAGAGACUCAAGUCAAAGGGUGUUGUUUCUUAUGCCGUUCAUCCAGGAUCCAUCUGGACAGGUCUCGCGCGAAAUCUCGAUGAAGAAGGGACUGAGAUGCUUUCCAAAACAGGUUCAUACUGGAAAUCGAUAGACGAAGGUGCCGCUCCUAUGAUGGUCGCGGCUUUGGAUCCUGCGCUUGACGGCACCCCCGAGCCUAAAGGCGUCUAUAUUAGCGAUUGCCAGAUUGCCGAAGCGGCCCCGUGGGCAACCGACGUUGACGCAGCCAAGAAGCUCCACGAAUUGAGCGCAAAGCUGGUCGGAAUCACUGCCGCAUAA